GAGACCCUAAAUAUGAUGUCUUUCCCUGCUGUUCGUUUUCCCUCCAGUGCAUUGAGCACAGCAGAGGCAGGAGAGGCAGUAGCUACGGGACAUUGUGGCAGAGGAGACGGGUCGGGAUAGCAAUCCAGUUGGUUCCAGUCGCGCUGCAGCAAGCGAGUGUGCGAGAGACACGAACCUAAAGAGAGAGCGAGAGGGAGAGAGAAAAGCCCUACAUUUUCGUUGGGUGGUCUGGUUUUUUGGACCCUCCUUUUCUGCUGCUCAUCACGACCCUUUGCUCGACCUGUUCUGCCUUCUUUCGUGGGAGAUUCUGCGCCCAAGAAGAUGACUAUCGCUCGAUCGCCUUUACUUCCAGCUUAGCAUGUUUGCCUGCUCAUCAGAACGCUGUUCGACCUCGAGCUGCUGGAUUUGCUGCCACGGAGGGGAUCUUGCUCGUGGGCUGUGAAGGUUGUGGUUGCACAGUGGUGAGAAUGAGCGGGUGGAAUUAUGUAGUGACGGCCCACAAGCCCACGAAUGUGACACAUUCGUGCGUGGGUAAUUUUACGGGUCCGCAGGAGCUCAAUCUGAUCAUUGCAAAAUGCACCCGAAUCGAGAUACACUUGUUGACUCCGCAAGGCCUUCAGCCUAUGUUGGACGUCCCAAUUUAUGGUCGAAUUGCUACGUUAGAGCUCUUUCGCCCAACGGGAGAAUCUCAAGACGUGCUCUUCAUAUCAACGGAGAGGUACAAAUUUUGCGUACUGCAGUGGGAUGCAGAUUCUGGAGAACUUGUUACAAGGGCUAUGGGUGACGUUUCGGAUCGCAUUGGCCGACCUACUGAUAAUGGACAGAUUGGUAUUGUUGAUCCAGAUUGUCGCCUGAUCGGACUUCACUUGUACGAUGGUUUGUUUAAGGUCAUUCCAAUCGACAACAAAGGUCAGCUGAAGGAGGCUUUUAAUAUACGGCUGGAAGAAUUGCAGGUUCUUGACAUCAAGUUUUUGUAUGGGUGUUCCAAGCCCACCAUUGCCGUCCUAUAUCAGGAUAAUAAAGACGCCCGACACGUGAAAACUUAUGAAGUCCAACUGAAGGAAAAAGAUUUCGGAGAAGGUCCAUGGCUCCAGAACAAUCUUGAUAAUGGUGCAGGCCUGCUUAUCCCAGUCCCACUACCGCUAGGUGGGGCCAUAAUUAUCGGGGAACAGACUAUCGUCUACUACAAUGGUUCUGUUUUCAAGGCGAUACCGAUCCGCCCGUCAAUCACUAAAGCAUAUGGGCGAGUGGAUGCGGAUGGAUCUCGCUACCUCUUGAGUGAUCACGCAGGAAUGCUGCACUUGCUUGUUAUCACCCAUGACAAAGAACGGGUUUUGGGGUUGAAAGUGGAACCUCUUGGAGAGACAUCAGCAGCAUCGACACUCUCUUAUCUAGACAAUGGUGUUGUGUACGUAGGUUCCAGUUACGGAGAUUCGCAGCUCAUCAAGCUGAAUUCUCAAGCUGAUUCGAAGCAGUCUUAUGUAGAGGUGUUGGAAAGCUUCGUUAACUUGGGACCUAUCGUCGAUCUAUGCGUAGUAGACCUGGAGCGGCAGGGUCAAGGUCAAGUCGUAACUUGUUCCGGUGCAUUCAAGGAUGGUUCUCUUCGGAUAGUACGAAACGGCAUCGGCAUCAAUGAACAGGCUUCAGCGGAGCUUCAAGGAAUAAAGGGAAUGUGGUCGUUGAGAGCUUCUUCUCAAGAAGCCUUCGAUACCUUUUUGGUGGUGAGCUUCAUAAGCGAAACUCGCAUCUUGGCUAUGAAUGCUGAGGACGAGUUGGAGGAGACAGAGAUCGAUGGCUUUGACUCAGAAGCACAGACUCUCUUCUGCUUCAAUGCAGUUCAUGAUCAGCUUAUCCAGGUCACAGCAAGCUCUCUGAAGUUGGUGGAUGCUGCUACAAGGAGACAAUUAACUGAAUGGAAGGCACCGCCUGGAAUAGCCAUAAAUGUUGCUACGGCCAAUGCUACUCAGGUUUUGCUUGCUACAGGUGGCGGAAAUCUGGUCUAUCUGGAAAUAGGACACGCAACCCUGACAGAGUUGAAGCAUGUACAACUUGAAUAUGAAAUUUCCUGCCUAGACAUUAAUCCAGUAGGUGAUGAUCCCAAUCGCAGCCAGCUCGCAGCAGUUGGUAUGUGGACAGACAUAAGCGUUCGUGUCUUCUCUCUUCCAGACCUACACGUGAUCACGCAAGAAAGACUGGGCGGGGAGAUCAUUCCCCGUUCCGUUCUGUUUUGUUCAUUUGAGGGGAUUCCAUAUCUGCUUUGUGCUCUUGGAGACGGCCACCUGUUCAAUUUCGUUUUGGAUUUGCCCAGUGGGCAGUUAUCGGAUCGUAAGAAGAUCUCAUUGGGCACCCAACCCAUAACUCUCCGUACAUUCCGUUCGAAGAAUGCAACUCACGUCUUUGCGGCAUCAGACCGCCCGACAGUCAUCUACAGUAGCAAUCGAAAAUUGCUCUACAGCAACGUGAACUUGAAGGAAGUAAAUCACAUGUGUCCUUUCAACUCAGCUUCUUUCCCAGACAGCCUGGCUAUCGGUAAAGAAGGGGAGCUCACGAUUGGCACUAUAGAUGAUAUACAAAAGUUACAUAUUCGUACCGUGCCUCUUGGAGAACAGCCUCGGCGAAUUUGUCAUCAGGAAUCCUCAAGGACCUUUGGGCUUUGUAGUGCCAAACAUCAAAAUUCCUCAAACGGGGAAGAUAUGGAAUCUCACUAUGUUCGGUUGAUCGACGACCAGACCUUCGAGAUAAUCGCGACGUAUCAGCUCGACACUUAUGAAACUGGUUGUUCAAUCAUCACGUGCUCCUUCGCCGACGACAGUAACGUAUACUUUUGUGUGGGGACCGCUUACGCUCUGCCUGAAGAAAACGAACCUAGCAAGGGACGUAUCUUAGUUUUUGUUGUCGAGGACGGAAAGCUGCAGUUGCUAACUGAAAAGGAAACCAAGGGUGCCGUUUAUAGCUUGAAUGCAUUCAAUGGGAAGUUAUUGGCAGCUAUUAACCAAAAGAUUCAGCUCUACAAGUGGACCUUGAGGGAUGACGGUUCCCGAGAGUUGCAGUCUGAAUGUGGUCAUCACGGACAUAUCUUAGCGCUUUAUGUUCAAUCACGUGGAGAUUUCAUUGUGGUCGGUGACCUGAUGAAAUCAAUCUCGCUUCUUAUGUAUAAGCCUGAGGAAGGUGCGAUCGAGGAACGUGCUCGUGAUUACAAUGCCAACUGGAUGACAGCUGUGGAAAUUUUGGACGAUGACACAUAUUUAGGGGCCGAGAACAGUUUCAACCUUUUCACGGUGAGGAAAAACAAUGACGCUGCAACAGAUGAGGAGAGGGGAAGACUAGAAGUGGUUGGUGAAUAUCAUCUUGGAGAAUUUGUGAACAGAUUUCGUCAUGGUUCACUUGUGAUGCGCCUCCCAGACAGCGAGGCCAGUCAGAUCCCGACAGUAAUAUUUGGAACCGUUAAUGGUGUGAUAGGAGUCAUUGCUUCUCUUCCACCAGAUCAAUACGCAUUCCUUCUUAGAUUACAGCAGAGCCUUGUGAAGGUGAUCAAAGGUGUAGGGGGAUUGAGCCAUGAGCAGUGGCGAUCUUUCAACAACGAACGCAAAACUGUAGAUGCGAAAAACUUCCUCGAUGGAGAUCUGAUCGAGUCAUUCCUUGACCUCAGUAGAAACCGCAUGGAGGAGAUCGCGGAAGGUCUAGAGGUUACUGCGGAAGAGCUUUGUAAGCGAGUUGAAGAGUUGACUAGAUUACAUUGAGUAGAACCGAGUCAGUAGUUGUAACUAUGAUCUGAAAAGAGUUUAUAGUACCUAAAUUUCCAGAUAUCUGUACAGUUUUUACACCAUCAAUCGAAGGACCACCAUCGCUGACUAAAAGCGGUAGGUUGCGAGGCUCAGAGGUUAGUCAGAUAAUUAACGAUGUCUUAAGCAAAAGCAGAUUGUUCACUUCCGAGCCAUAUAAUCGAGAUUUGUUUGAGUCUACAUUGCAAAAUCUUGCACACUACACACAACUGUUUGAUCUAAAGUUUACCGAUGUUACAUCC